CAGUCACCAAAGCUCCCUUCUAUUGUGGAGACGAAGACUGAUGACCCCGAUGAUGCCUUCCAGCUCUCUCCAGCAACACGCUCCAGACGCAAUCUCUUGCUACCUAAUUUCACCAGCCCAGUCCGCCGUACCUCUCUGGGAAACCUGUUAGGUGACGAACUGCGGCAGUUCAAUGCCCUGAGACGUUGCCGUUCACCAAACCUCAGUCGAGGAUUUCUUGGACAAAGCUUAUCACCUCAACCACCUUCAAAGAAAGAGCACAGCACCAAUAUAUCCACUCCAUCUCAGUCUUCAACUACAGCCAAGGGAGAGUCGGAGACUGACCAAAAGCCGGCAAAGUUGCUUAUCCCAACAGUCACAUGUUUUCCACCUCCGGACCUUAGUCCCAGGGUUGUAGAUGGCAUCGAAGACAACGGGCACACGUUCCACUUCACCGUGGAGCACAGCAAGCCUAACUCCAGAACAGGUGGCAUCAACCAAGAAACCCUACAAUCAAAUGCCACUUUGCUGCAGGAGACGGAGGACGUCAAAGAAAGCAUAGUUCAGUUAAAUCUUAAGGUGGGGACGUUAAACCACGAAGUAUCAGAACUAACCAAGAGCCUUCACCACAUGAUGAAUCUCCUCCAGGCUCACAUGUCUCUGAAUCACCACCAGAAAACCUCCUUCCUUUCAAGUCCUCAGCCUGUUCAUACAUUGUCCAGCCCUAUAUCCUCGGCCCACUGCAUUUAUACCAGUCCCCAAAGUCUCAAAACCUAUGGACACCAAAGUGAACCAGCUGCUGUGCACUGGAGCUACAGCAAAACUCCUGCGUCCCAUAAAGACAGCCGCCAUUCUGCAAUACCAAUCACUAAUGCUUGUCUGAGGCUAUCAGAAAACUCAUCGCCUAAUGUAGGACCACACCAUAGCACGGAGAGCAUGACUUCACCAGUAUGGACCAGCCCAUCUCUGUUUCAUAUCAAUCCAAGCUACAGCGGUGGAAGUCCUAAGCUAGGAUGUCAUGCAAAUCAGGAUGAGCCCAGGCCUCUUGGUUCUGGUCCAAGUUCCAUCAGUCAGUCGCAUCCCACCUUAUGUUUGCACACUUCCAGUGACAGUGAUGAAUUCUCCAGCCUUUUGUACACUGCUCCUGCAGGUACAUCCACACACAGUUUGCUCGAGCCGUCAUCUAAAACUUCUGGUGAGCUACUGGGUCACAAUCCAGCCCAAGACUCCUCGAUCUUCCAGAUCCAUGACUCGCAAUCCUCUCUACCCUUUGAAGCUUCCUCAGCUACAGCUUUAGCCUGCCAGCCGUCCGUCUCCUCUCUAGAUUCAGGAUCACCACAGCUGGAUGCUUCAGCGGCCUGUCUCACACUGAGCAACCCCUCUGCUUCAAAGCACACCAGUUUGGAGUGUCUGCUGGGCAACAGGGACUCUAUGGAAAGUAGGGACAGCGAGAGCAUUUCAUCACGAAGGUCCAGCAUUGGUGGUCAAACUCAGAGUACUGAGCAGUCAUGGUGCCUGGACCUCACAGACUGAAACAUAGUGCAUUCUCACUUUAUCACCAUGCAACCUCAUACAGUGUUUAAAAUAUCUGAGCUUCUUGUACCCAUCGUAACUCUGGGGCUCCUGCAUUUGUCACUUUCUAUGCAACAGCAUGUUUUGUGCUUAUAUUGACUUAAUUAAAGUGUGUCCUUAAGAAAGGCUCUACCAGAGGAGCUCCAGUAUAUGUUGUACUUUUUCCAGCAUCCUCAAAAAUGUUGACACCUAUAAAACCUAUUACCUCUCUUGCAUGGUAAAAGUUGUUUAUUCUUUUUUCCUAAGGAAAAGUGUGUAAGCAUCAUACAUUUCUAUGUCUAUUAUUGAAUGUGUACACAAAUAGUGUAUUUAUACUGGAGGCGAGUCUGAGCUGUUGGAUAUUUUUGAAUAGAGAGGAAGUACAAUGGCAUGCCUCACUUUGCAUGUAUGAAUAUCUGCACUGCAUAGCUUAUCUGUGUUUUUUUUUUAUUUAGUUUCUUUACAAAUUCAGCAUUUUCAUUUGUAAACCACAACAUUCCAGACUGUAUUUCAAAACUCUAAAAAGCACUUCCUUUUGGAUUCACUGCAAAUAUCUGGAAGGUUAAACAUACUGAACUAUAUUGCCAGAAGUAUUUGCUUACCCAUCCAAAUGAUUGGAAUCAGGUGUUCCAAUCACUUCCAUGGCCACAGGUGUAUAAAUUCAAGCACCUAGGCAUGCAGACUGUUUUUACAAACAUUUGUGAAAGAAUGGGUCGCUCUCAGGGGCUCAGUCAAUUCCAGCGUGAAACUCUAAUGCCACCUGUGCAACAAAUCAAGUCGUGAAAUAUUCCACUGUUAAAUUUGAGCUGUAUCAUAAGAACAUGGAACAGGUUUGGGACAUUAAUUGGCAGGCCACCUAAACUGAUGGAGCGGGGUCCACAGAUGCUGAAGCGAAUAGUGAGAAGAGGCCACCAACUUUCUGCAGUUAAUCAAUACACACUUACAAACUUCACGUGUCCUUCAGAUUAGCUCAAGAACAGUGUUCAUAGAGCUUCAUGGAAUGGCUUUCCAUGGUCGUGCAGCUGCAUUUAGGCCAUACAUCAACAAGUGCAAUGAACAGCGUUGCAUGCAGUGGUAUAAAGCACAUCACCACUGGACUCCACAGCAGCUUCUCCAUCUGGCAAUCUGAUGGACUAGUCGGGGUUUGGCAGUUGCCAGGAGAACUGGCUGCAUUGUACCAAGUGUGAAGUUUGGUAGAGGGGGCAUUGUGGUGUUGGGUAGGAACUCUGAAAGUUUUUAAAUACCAAGAAAUUUUGGUCAAUUCCAUGCUUCCAACUUUGUUGUAAAUAGUUUGGAGAUGGCCCCUUCCUCUUCCAACAUGGCUGUGCACUAAUCAAGGGCCUUAAAAACAAAGAUGGCAGAGUCUGGAGUGGAUGAACUUCACAGACCUGCACAAAGUCCUGACCUCAACUUGAUGGAAUACCUUUGGAAUGAAAUAAGCAGAGAAUGAGAGCCAGGCCUUCUCAUCCAGCAUCUGUGUUUGACCUCAUAAACAUUCCUAAAGCUGGUGGACAGCCUUUCCAGAGGAGUUGAAGCUGUUCUAGUUGCAAAAGAUCAGCAGACAUCAUAUUGAACCCCUAUAGACCAAUUAAACCCACGUCAGUUAAGGCAGGUGAGUGAAUACUUUUGGCAAUAUGAAGAAUAUAUCCCAAAAUUCCUUACCAUCAAAUCAACUACAGUAUUAAAAAUUUACUUUUUCUUCUGAUUGACUUUAGUAAGCAUCUGAAACACAUGUUGAUGAAUAGAAAAUGCAUAAACACUUUAAACUAGAAACAUUUAAAUCAUAUUCAUUUACAAAACACAAAUGCCUCAAAAGGAAAUGUUUAUAUUCCUUACACAUUAU